AUGGCCCCUGGAGGGCUCUGUGGAAGGACAGGCAGUAACUCGCACAGAACUGGCAUUAUCAAGGCCAUGUUCCCGAGACUGAAGCAGCUGGUCAAGAAGGCGACGGUGAUGCUGUUCAUGAAGGGUCAGCCUGAUGCACCGAGGUGCGGCUUCAGCAAGACGACAGUUGCCAUUCUUGGAGAAACAGGGGUGAAGUAUGACACGUUUGAUAUCCUGUCUGACAACGAGGUGAGGCAGGGGUUGAAGACUUUCUCCAACUGGCCCACCUACCCCCAGCUGUAUGUGAACGGUGAACUCAUUGGGGGACUCGACAUCAUCAAGGAACUGAAGGAGUCUGGUGAACUUGAAAGCACACUAAAGGGAGAUAACUGA